CCCCGCCCACGAGGAAGUGGCUGCGGGUCCCGGAGCCGGUUCGGCGCGUCGACUGCCCAGAGUCCGCGGCCGGGAGCCCCGAGAAGCUGAGAAGCCAUGGCCUACCACAGCUUCCUGGUGGAGCCUAUCAGCUGCCAUGCCUGGAAUAAGGACCACACGCAGAUCGCCAUCUGCCCCAACAACCACGAGGUGCACAUCUAUGAGAAGAGCGGAGCCAAGUGGGUCAAGGUGCAUGAGCUCAAGGAGCACAACGGGCAGGUGACAGGCAUUGACUGGGCCCCGGAGAGUAACCGCAUUGUGACCUGUGGCACAGACCGCAAUGCCUAUGUGUGGACACUGAAGGGCCGCACGUGGAAGCCCACACUCGUCAUCCUGCGGAUCAACCGGGCUGCUCGCUGUGUGCGCUGGGCCCCCAAUGAGAACAAGUUCGCUGUGGGCAGCGGCUCCCGUGUCAUCUCCAUCUGCUAUUUCGAGCAGGAAAAUGACUGGUGGGUGUGCAAGCACAUCAAGAAGCCCAUUCGCUCCACCGUCCUCAGCCUGGACUGGCACCCCAACAACGUGCUCCUGGCUGCAGGCUCCUGCGACUUCAAGUGCCGGAUCUUCUCAGCUUACAUAAAGGAAGUGGAGGAGCGACCAGCACCCACCCCAUGGGGCUCCAAGAUGCCCUUCGGGGAGCUUAUGUUCGAGUCCAGCAGUAGCUGCGGCUGGGUGCACGGUGUCUGCUUUUCAGCCAGUGGCAGCCGCGUGGCCUGGGUUAGCCACGACAGCACAGUGUGCCUGGCCGAUGCUGACAAGAAGAUGGCAGUCGCGACUCUGGCCUCUGAAACGCUGCCGCUGCUGGCCGUGACCUUCAUCACAGAAAACAGUCUGGUGGCUGCGGGCCACGACUGUUUCCCAGUGCUUUUUACCUACGACGGCGCCGCAGGGAUACUGAGCUUUGGUGGGCGGCUGGACGUGCCCAAGCAAAGCUCGCAGCGCGGCCUGACAGCCCGCGAGCGCUUCCAGAACCUCGACAAGAAGGCGAGCUCCGAGAGUGGCGUGGCCGGCGGAACAGGCCUGGACUCCCUGCACAAGAACAGCGUCAGCCAGAUCUCAGUGCUCAGCGGGGGCAAGGCCAAGUGCUCCAAGUUCUGCACUACCGGCAUGGAUGGUGGCAUGAGCAUCUGGGAUGUGAAGAGCUUGGAAUCAGCCUUGAAGGACCUGAAGAUCAAAUGACCUGUGAGGAGAUGUUGGCCCCAUCCCAGCUGCUGAGGGGGGAGUCAGGGAAGCUAAAGCUCGCUUUGCUGAAUGUUUCUAAGGUACCAGUUUGGGUCCCCAACACGAGAAAGGAAGGGGAGAAGUAGGAAGCUUUCCUUGCCUAUUUGAAGGAAUAUGUGCCUUGUUCUUAAACAAAUAUUUCCAUUCAUUGUAAAAAAUGUCCCAAAGCACUCUGCUGGUCAUGAACUGCUUAAAAAAAACAUGGAGAUAAUAAAAAUGCAAAUAUAGACACGCUAGCCUGUGUUUGGAAGAGGUUAGUUUUUGCACGGACAUAGAUAGCUUAUUUCUGCUUGCCAGAAAAAUUAAUCCGGAAACCCAAAAGCCUUCCCCCAAAUGGUUCCCUCCCCACUGCAGUCCAGCUUGGGGGCUGCCAGGACUGGGCGUCUGUCCUGUCAGUCAGUCAGUCACUAGUCAGACUCCUAGACAAGUGGUAGCACAUUCCAGAAUGAUUUUGGGCUUUAAUGUAAAUUUAAUUACUCUUUUAUGUUUGCAGUUGAUUUCUGGUAAAUGCU